AUGCCAGUGAAUGAAGCAUACCCGCUUCGGCAUGAGUGUAACGCGCUUAGGCUUCAGCUCAGAUUUACACUAGUCGUGUGGUCGGCUUCGACUGUUGUACACCGCAGUGACCUGAAAUGCCAUCCUUCAACCACUAGCCGUUCAACCACUGGACCACUGGACUUCAACCAAUGGACAGACGGCGGUUGUGAAGAACCGUUUCUGAUCAUCGUCGCUGAACUACAUGGAAACAAAGAGGCGCAGAAAGAAUGGAGACGACGCGGAAAGGGCAGGCAGACAGCCAUGAGGACAUUUGAACUCGGCUAA